GUUAAAGAAAACUAACAGUGUGAAGAGAAACAGCUACGCCACAGUUCCCAGUACAAGUAGCUGAUCAAGUUUAUAGUCCCACAAUUUAGCCAUAGCGUAUCUGUUGCAAAAAAAAUCAACUUCUUUAAAAUUGUGUAAAUUUUGCAGCAAUGAAUCAACAAAAUCCGUUUUUUGCUUACGCAAAUUUUUCAAGCAUGGCUCAAUACAGUCAGCUCAUGACUUCGGAACAAACCUACGCAAAUGCUGUAAAUAUGGCUCAAUACAAUCAGUCGACUAGUUGGCAACAAGCUCACGCAAAUCUCGCAAAUAUGGCUCAAUACAAUCCGGCGAUCAAUUUGGAGCAAGCUCACGCAAAUCUUGCAACUAUGGCUCAAUACAGGCAGUUCCAUACUUUGCAACAAGCCUACGCGAAUCAUUUGAAUCAGUGCAAUAUGGCCACCACCACCCCACCUCAAGUACUGGACCAACGAAACGCUUUCGUAACAUUCCCGCAAAUGACCGCAAGAAAUAGAUUGUAUGAGAACCAGGUGAAAAUAUACAGAAUCAAUCAAGUUGUUGAACACGAGAUGCUACGCCAGCACAAUCUCUUUGUCGAGGAAGAGCUCAACUUUAUGAAGGGAAAAUUCGACGAGAAUCCAGUACGAUUGCAGCGUCGCAUUGGUCCACUGAGUAAGCAUAUUGCUGACGAGCGUGAUCCAGAGCAGAUCAUGGAGUUGUUGAAACGUAAGCAACGUGCCGAGUCGUGUCGUCAAUCGCGCAUCACUAAUAAAUUAAAGGGUGCUACCGAACUGUAUCGCGAUCAGUUUUUGCUCCAGAAAAUUGAGCAAUUGCGGAAAGCACACACCGAAAUGAUGGAGAAAAUUAAAAGUACUGAGCAGAGACUUCUCAAUAGAGGCCACAAUCCGUGGCGCUUGGAGGAGUUACGUACACUUUGUGGUUAUAAGGACGUUGAAUUUCCGGAGGUGAAGCCACCAAAGCCGCCGACUGUUACACUCGAGGAUGUUAUGGACACAGAUGAAUAAUAUUUCAAGCCGUUUUUUGUGACCCAAAUAAUUUGCAUGUUUGGUGACGUUUGCCUAGAUAUUUGUGACAUGGAGCUAUCAAAACAAAAGUGAUGUGUGAUUAUAACAGCAAUUAUAACAACAACAUAACCAUAACUGAAGAUUUUAAUUUAAAAACGACUCAAUAAAUGUUUCAAGUACGGGAAUGUCCGUAUGUGAAUGUGUAUAAGAAAAUUGAUAA